CAGGAAAUCUGUUGCUGUGUCAAGUCUUAGAGAACAACUCGCCUCAAGUUACUAAUCAGUCAGAAACACAUAUUGCUGAAGGAAGAGGCUGGUUGGAGAAAGGGUGUAGAACUCAUGGGCUGGGAACUACCAGCAAGGAGAAGAGGGGGUCAUGUUAGACAGACUCACCAUGUCUACAAUUCUGUUGCUAGCUGACUGGCGAGAGAGUACAGAGUGAAAGGGCAAAAGUAUGGAAAUGAACUCCUUUUGGAAGUCUUUUGAUUUGAUGCUGCUGACUCUUCUGAUUAGCUUCCUAGUAGUUGACUAUAAAAGCACAGAAGCAGAGACUCAAGUUCCAUCAGCAAACAUGUCAGCUGGGCAGGUAUCCCAACAAUGUCACACCAAUGCUACCAUCAAAGUGUCUGUACAGAUGGACACCGACGUUGUUCUCUGCUGCUUACAUUGCUCACCAAAGGAAUUUGUAAUGAUCACAUGGACCAUAUUCCCCGGAGAUGAAACUUCCUGUAUCAUAGCUUACAAAAAAGACAAGAAUAUCACUAAGGAAACAAAUUGCUCUGGUACUAGAAUAACCUGGGAAUCUGAACCUGAGAGGAACUUCAGCCUUCAUAUAGAGCCAGUGACUAUUCAUCAUGAGGGAUAUUAUCAAUGUGAUCUUGUAACACCUGAUGGGAAUUUUCGAUCUCUCUAUCACCUCAGUGUGUUAGUGCCUCCUCCUGUAGUAAACCUGUCUGAGGAGGAAAAUGGAACCGUUGUAUGCAAGGCUGCAGCUGGGAAGCCAGCUGCCCAGAUCUCCUGGGUCCCAAAAGGAGACUGCUUCACUGUGAAGGAAACUCAUGAUAACAGGACAGUGACUGUGAAAAGCACUUGUACCCGGAAUAGCUUCAAUGCAUCCAAUGUCAGCUGCUUCAUUUCCCAUUUGACUGGGAAUAGAACUCUGUACUUAAACCAUGAGAUCCUUAGUCCCCAGACUUCUUCAAAAUUCUUAUUUUGGAUCCUUUCUGUUAUUCCCUUGGGCUUCGUGGGAUUGGUUUUUUAUAAGAAAUCCAGUUGGUGCAGGAAAUGUCCUAAACCAGAAGCUACUCCAGGAACUGGAGAGGAUGAAGUGGAGCCAUAUGCCAGCUACACAGAGAAGAGCAAUCCACUCUAUGAUUGUAGGACUGAGGUGAAGAUUUCUACAACUUCAUAAAGUGACAACUUUGGGUUGGAAUUCCAAACAGGAUUUACCUGUGAGGACAGAUUAAUCCUGGUGCAAUAGAAACCCAUUGCUGCAAUAGAAACCCACUGCUGCUUGUUUGUUAUCUCCUGGGAUUUCUGGGGAAUAGAAGACUCCCUUCUGACACCUCUCAACAUCAGAGACUAAAAGAAAAGUCACAUUUCCUAAUAGUCACUGGUAGUGAAAUUUUGGGAAAUUCAGUGGUCACCAGUUGGUGAUUUUAUAAGCUGAUGGAUUACAGAAACAUUCUAGUACUCAUACUUCCUAAUUCCCCUUUACUCAACUAAUCAAAUUCUUAUUCUUAGCUAACAUAAUAAAAUAAUGAACCAUUUAUUUAAUCAUUUAUUUAUUUAGCCAUUAAUUUAGUCAUUCCUGGAUUAUUGCCUUUUUGAGUUGUUAUGAAGUAUAUGUGUAUCUACAUUUUAUCUAUAUAUGUAUACAUAUAUAUGACUAGGUAUAUGUAUUUGUGUAUAUAUCCACACAUGCAAACACACAAUGUUUGGUAUCAUGAGGCCAUGAUCUUUGUGAGCCUUAGAAACUUGAUUUGAUUUAAUGACAUGAUAAUUUGGAAAUAAGACCAUUAUAUCACCUUGAAUCAUGCAGUAAAAAAAUACUAAUUAAUAUGAAGGUUGAUCAACAAAUAUUUAUCAAAUACUUUCAAUAUUCUCACCAAUAAUCUAGGUGCUAUAGGAGAUUUAGAAAAAAAAAAAGAAAUAUAUGACUCUUUUUUAAAAGGAAUUUACAGUUUAAUUGAGGAGAGAAUGCCAGCAAUAGUAAAUAGUGUGGGAUAAUUUAUAAUUAUUUAUCAGUAAUUGCCAAAUUGUAUAACAUAGGCUGUGUAUACUCUAGGAACUUAGAAUUUUGAGUUGUAAUUGCCAAAUUGUAUAACAUAAGCUGUGUAUAUUCUAGGAACUUAGAAUUUUGAGUUGUAUAGAUAAUUUAGCACAAUUCCUUCAUUUUACAAAGGAGUCUCAUAAAGAAGUCACCCAAAGUUACUAUUAAUUGGCAACUGUUGCUUUGUCAUAUCUGAUUCUUCUUGAUCUCAUUUGGGAUUUUCUUGGCAAAGAUACUAGAAUAGUCAUUUCCUUCUCUGGCUCUUUUUAUGGAUGAGGAAUUAAAGCCAACAGGUGAAGUGACUUGGUCAGAAUCACCUUGCUAGGAAAUGUCUGGAGGCUUGAUUUGAAUUCAGGAGGAUGAGUUUUCCUAACUCCAGGACCAGUGCUCUAUCCACGGAGCAACCUAAUUGCCCAGUAACUGGCAACAUUAGAAUUCAAAUUCAGAUUUUUCAGAUUGUAAGUCUAGGAUUCUUGUCACUGCAUCAUGAAGAUCAAAGAAGACUAGAAUAGUCAAGGAAAGUUUCAUAGAGGAGAUGAUAUGUGAAUAUACAUUGAAAGAUGAGCAGCAUUUAGAUCAGUGAAGAGGAGAAAGGGAGACUAUUACAUGCAAGGAAAACAACAUAAAGGAAUGAACAUGGGCAAGAAUGAGCAUGACAUGUUUUUGAGGGGCUCCGAAAUUGACUCUUGAAAUGAAAGUUGUGUUUGGAGGAAUAGUGAAGAAAGAAUUUAAACAGGAAUUAUGUAGAUCUUUUUAAAAUAUUUUUCCCUGCUCCCACCAGCAAUGUACCCCAGACUCAGAUUAAUCUGGUGCUUGCUACCUGGAACUAGCACCUAGAAUGACCUAAAUCUCUUCUUCUCAUACUCUGAAGCCCAUCUCCAACUUUUCUACCAAUGUCACUUCCCCCUUUCUCCUCCUCUCUAAACAACGAAUACCCUUCCCAAAUCAUCUCUUUUCCUUCUACCCAUCAUCCCUAUCUUUGUCAAAGGGAACUCCUUUAUUUUGAACCAUAAGUACAAUUUCCCUUUCUUAAUGGUGGCAGCCCACUUUUAGAUACUGGGAUGGAUUGUAAGGACUUAUGAGGUUGCUAUAAUCUCUGUCUAGGGUGUGCUGAAACCAGCUCCAUUGAACUUCAGACUGCCUAUUGUCAAAUAUUCAUUGAAAAAUCUACACCUUGGAAAUCAGCAAAUGCUACAAAUCAGGGCCUGGUUUAUUUGUUAAU